AUAUGCAAGGCAUUUAUCAAUUAGUAACAUUAAAAUCUGUAUUUAUCGAUCAUUUAACAAUAACUUGGAAUACGGUCAUUUAAAAGUCAACAAAACGGAAUUGGACUUUAACAUUUUUAUUUAAUUCAUUUUCAGUACUUUCUUAUAAUCUAUUCUGUAAAUAUAAACAGUAUCUAAUUCCUACAUUUUUUGCCUACUGAUAAAGAUUAGAGAUCAUUUAAAGAAUUGUAUGUUUAAUUGUACGCAUUAUUACAUCGAAUUUGAAUAACGCUUUCUGUUCUUAUCGCAACUUAUGUGUAUACAAUUGUUUUUAUUUGGGAAAAUUACUCUCUAUUAAUACGAUCCAUUUUGAAGUAAGAGUAAACGCUUACAUAUUUCUCGAAACUUUCUAAUAGUUGAAUUUAUAAUUUUAGAAAAUGCAUUAUCAAGACAACAAAAUAGUUCAAGUCAUUGCCGCGAGGUGCUGUAACAGCGUUCAUAAAAUUCAUUUUUGUCCCAUUACCGUAAAUUAGUAUACAUAUAGAGCACCGUGGAAAGGUGUGAAAGGGGUAAACAUAUUUCGAAGACCAUUCACGUGAUGUAGUUGUUACGUAUAUCGUUUGCUGAGUGAGUUUUCUCAUGUGAAAGGAAUCCGAAUCUCUUGUACUAAAUCCAUACGCCUCUGUUACGGCGCAUUGUAAUCAUAGCCAUGGCGACUAUUGCUUCAUCGCGUACAGACGAACUCGUGCAAACUGUCACGCUUCAUAAUCCUCGAAAAUUAUUAUUCACGGGGUACAUAUUGCCAUCCGUGCUACUGCACGCACUGUGGAUUUAUUGUUGGAUCUUUGUUUAUGGAAUUGACGAGUACUAUGACGCGGGUUUAGUAGGCAUUGCAGCCAUAGCCUUGCUACAGAUUUUCAUAUGUUUGUGUUGCCAGUGGUCAGUGCACAUACAUACUUUUCUAAAUUGUAGCUCGGAGAAAAAUCCUUAUAAAGCAAAAGUAGCAAAAGUAGUACCUACCCCUAACAAUGGAAGUUCAGAACUUGUUAAGCUGUUCCAUUCUGAACAGCAAGAGCCAUGGUUCAUAUUUCAAAAGACAAAGUAUCAUUGGAACCAACAUAAAAAAUGCUUUGAAGGCCUUCAGUUUCCAACUGGACAUUCUGUUAAACAUUAUUGCGAAUGGAAAGGAUAUUUAGAUGAAAAAGAGAUUACAGCAGCAGAAGAGAAAUAUGGCAAGAAUAAUUUGGACAUGGUGGUGCCAGAAUUUAAGGAACUGUUCAAAGAAAGAGCAAUUGCACCAUUUUUUGUUUUUCAAGUGUUCUGUGUAGCACUGUGGUGUUUAGAUAAAUAUUGGUAUUACAGUAUUUUUACACUCAUUAUGCUUAUUAUGUUUGAAUGCACACUUGUACAGCAGCAACUUCGAAAUAUGGCUGAGAUCAGAAAAAUGGGAAAUAAGCCAUACAUGAUAAUGGUUUAUAGAAAUCGGCGAUGGCGUUCGAUGUUCACCGACCAGUUAGUACCUGGUGAUAUUGUAUCAAUAACAAGAUCUCAGAAUGAUAAUUUAGUGCCAUGUGACAUGUUACUUUUAAGAGGACCUUGCGUGAUUGACGAGAGUAUGCUAACAGGAGAGUCUGUUCCACAAAUGAAAGAGCCGAUAGAAGAUAUCGACGAUAGACAGUUGGAUAUAGAGGGCGAUGAUAAGCUUCAUGUACUAUUUGGAGGUACAAAAGUUGUACAACAUACUUCACCCAGUAAAAACGUAUCCGGCCUUAAAGCUCCUGAUAAUGGUUGUGUGGCCUAUGUAUUACGUACGGGAUUUUCAACAUCACAGGGUAAACUUUUGAGGACAAUACUAUUUGGGGUUAAGCGCGUUACGGCCAAUAAUUUGGAAACGUUUGGCUUUAUCUUAUUUCUAUUAAUAUUUGCGAUUGCUGCAGCAACAUAUGUAUGGAUCAAAGGAAGCGAGGAUCCUACAAGAAACAGAUAUAAAUUAUUUUUGGAAUGUACGCUUAUUCUAACAUCGGUUGUUCCACCAGAAUUGCCUAUUGAAUUAUCGCUAGCUGUUAAUACAUCUUUACUAGCCCUGUCAAAAUUAGGUGUAUUUUGCACCGAACCUUUCAGAAUUCCGUUUGCGGGAAAAGUUGAAAUCUGUUGCUUUGAUAAAACUGGCACUUUAACUAGCGACAACUUGGUCGUCGAGGGUAUAGCGGGAAUCGAGGGGAAAGCAGAUGUUAUGCAAAUUUCUGAUGCGCCUUUAGAAAGUAUUCAAGUACUUGCAACGUGCCAUUCUCUUGUACAAUUAGAUGACGGAAUCGUUGGUGAUCCGCUUGAAAAAGCUACACUGAAAGCUAUUAACUGGACACUCACAAAGAAUGAUUCUAUGAUACCAAGAAAAGGUCAAUCCCCUGUAUUAAAAAUAGUACAGAGACACCACUUUUCUUCCGCGUUAAAACGAAUGUCAGUCGUAGCGGGAUAUACGACACCUGGGUCAUCAGAAAUUAAUUACAUGUCCACAGUAAAAGGAGCACCUGAAAUUAUUAAAAAUAUGUUAUCAUCCGUACCAGAGAAUUAUGACUCUACCUAUUUGUCGUUAUCUCGGCGUGGGGCGAGAGUGCUAGCUUUAGGAUAUCGAAAACUUUCUGGUCCUUUAUCAUCGCAAGAUCUUAGAGAGCUAACGCGAGAAAAUUUAGAAACAAAUCUUAAUUUUGCUGGAUUUGUAAUUAUAAGCUGUCCGCUUAAACCUGAUUCUAAGGCUGUUAUUAAAGAGAUCGUAAAUGCUUCGCAUUCGGUUGUUAUGAUCACUGGCGAUAAUCCUUUAACCGCUUGCCAUGUCAGUCGCGAGUUACACUUUACGAAAAAACCAGUCACAUUAAUAUUGGCUGCCUAUGACGGAGAGUGGAUGUGGGAAAGCGUAGAUAGAAAAAUUAAUUUGCCUAUGGGUAUCAAAAAUGUUGAUCGAGGUAAUGAAAUUUGGCGCGAAUACGCUCUUUGUCUAACUGGAGAGGGUUUAACGUAUUUAAAAGAUAAUGACCGGGAACUUCUCCGUAAAUUAUUACCUCACAUUGUAAUUUUCGCAAGGUGUGAACCAAAACAAAAAGAAUUUAUAAUUGUUUCCCUACAAAAUUUGGGAUAUACAACUCUAAUGUGCGGAGAUGGUACUAAUGAUGUUGGUGCUUUGAAACAUGCUCAAGUGGGGGUUGCAAUCCUUUCUAGUCCGCCUGAAAGAGUGCCUGUAGAUAAGCAAGAUAACAAGAAUGAAAACCUAAUCUCAAAUUCAACAAUAUCUAAUGGUCCCAGAACGAAUUCGAGAGUAUCCGCUAAUACCAGAAUGAGGAUACAAAAACUAUUAAAGGAAAUCGAGGAACAAGAACAAUCUAUUAUUGUUAAACUUGGAGAUGCUUCAAUUGCCGCACCUUUCACUAGCAAAAUGUCGUCAAUUCAAUGCAUUUGUCAUGUUAUCAAGCAAGGACGGUGUACUUUAGUCACGACGUUGCAGAUGUUUAAAAUUUUGGCAAUUAAUGCAUUGGGACUUGCAUAUAGCCAAUCUGUUCUCUAUUUAGAUGAGAUUAAGUUUAGUGACGCGCAAGCUACAUUACAGGGUGUUCUUUUAGCGACCUGCUUUUUGUUUAUUUCAAGAUCGAAACCGUUGAAAACGUUGUCUAAACAGAGACCUCUUCCAAACAUUUUUAAUCUGUACACUAUAGCCACUGUAUUGCUUCAGUUUGGUUUGCAUUUUGUAUCUCUUGUGUAUUUGGUAAGAGAAGCAACUAUAUUAUCUCCAAGGAAUGAGAAGUUAGCAGCUAUAUUAGCUCCAAAUAAUUCAGCCAGUCAAAAUAUGUCGUUAAAUGGAAAUGUCGGCGAUGAGGAUGAACCUUUCGAAGCAAAUUUAAUAAACAGUACAGUUUACAUUAUCGCUAUGGCACUUCAAGUUUCUACUUUUGCUAUUAAUUAUCGGGGUCAACCAUAUAUGGAAAGUUUAUUGCAGAAUAAAUCUUUAUUAUACAGUCUUAUAGGGAGUGCAGCUGUUAUAUUAGGAUUAUGUGGGUUUUCACCUGUGUUAGCAGCACAAUUCGAAAUUGUAGAUUUUCCAAGUGAUUUUCGUACACUCUUAGUGCAAAUUCUAAUAGCAGACUUUAUCCUUGGAUAUAUGGUUGACAGAGCCUGUUUAUGGCUGUUUGGAGAAGGAAGACAUCAAAAGCUGUGAUUAGAACACAAUUUCCAUAUUCCACUUUUAAAUUUAAAUAUAUGUGAAAUCUUAAAUAUAACAAAUUUUUGUUUGUUUCACAAAGAGUAUAUUGAUUACACGUGUAAUUAUGCCUGUAAUUUAUGGAUUGCGUCAGUACAUUUCCACGUGAAACAAUAUUUUUUGAAAGACUGAUUAAAUCACCAUUGAGAGAUCAUUACUUAAAUAGAUAUACAUUUUGUUAUCUACUUUGUAUCAGUGAUACACUUUCUAUCUAUUACAGAAACUAAUAAUACCAAUAAUUCUUUGUGGAACAAUAUAAUACAUGUAUAUGAGUAUGUGGUAUGUAUGUAUUAUUGAGUGUAAGUAUUACUAGGCAAAGUGAAAUAGAAAACUGAAUAUGCAAUGUGAGUAUGUACAGAUAAUAAGUAAAUAAUUAUUACACGAUUUCACGGUUAUUAUGUUAGUAUUCCGCAAGCAACGUGUUCGUAUCUUAAAACCUUGAUCUGGCAAUAUUUACAAACGACACAAGUUCCAUUAUCUCGUGAGAAUAUAAAGAAAAGCACUUUAACCAUCACACGACAAGAAAAAGCAGUAGCUACUACUAUCAUUUGCAACAUCGUUUAGCAAUUUAAUAUUUCCAUAAACACAAUAAGUAAUGUAUUUUUUUUUUAUAUUUUAUAUUUGCUUUCACGUAAUUUGAGCAUAAAGCGGGAUAAAAUUUAUAUUGUACGUCUGAGUAGAUUAAUUAGUAGUUAUAUUUAAUGCUAAAGAUAUACUGUUACUGUUAAUAGUAUAAUGAAGGUGAACAUUGUACUUGUAAGUUUUCAUACAAUAUUCAUUGCACCAAAGUGUGGUGGUAAAUACCUAUAAACUUUUUAUAUAUGAAUGUUAUAAAUUUUGAAUGUGAAAUUACGCGAUAUUACGAUUGAAACAAAUAUAAUACUUUCUUUUCGUUGCAAGCUUCUUAAACUACAGAAGGUUGAGAAUUAUAAAAGUAAUUUUGAAUGUAUUGCGUACAGUGCAUUGAUUACAUACCUAAUGUAACAUCAUCAAUUUACGUUAAGAUUACGAUAGUUCGCGAAAAUAAAGCAAAGUUAAGAAAGUAACACAUUAUUCUCGACUGUUCAAACUAUUUAGAAUUAUUGCAUUAAUACAUUCCAAUUUUUGAAAAGUUUCACAUUUUGUGAUCGAGAAGAAAAGCACACCGAUUUAAAAUGCAAUGUGUUCCGUUCAAUUCGACGAUGAACAGGUAUUGUGUCUUCGGAUAACAAAGAAUACAAUACGUUCACAGUGCAGUACGUUUAAGGAAUGCGAGUACUACAAUUGCCAUUACGAUGACUCAAUCAUAAACGAAUAAAUCGAAUCUUUUACGUUGUAAGCGAUGAAUAUUCAAAGUUUAACAACAUUGUAUUUACCAUACAAUGUUACAAAUUUUUACUAAAUCGGUUUUUAGAUCGAAUAUCCUAAAUAAAAGCUAAUUGUAUAUCGUUGUCUUACGAAUGUUUGUAAUUCUCUAUAAUUAAUGAUAAUAUAAUUUGUUGUAAAUAUUA